AUGAGAAAGCAGAAGUCUGUUGGGAGAAAGAGUUGCAUGCAUUUAAUGCAAAAGGGGAGCGUGGCAGCAAAUGAGAAAGGAGAGACGUGGUUUGACAUGAUGUGGGGUGUAAGAAGUAAUAUAGGGGAUGAUAUUUUCAUAAAACAAGAAGACGAACCUGCGGAAGAAAGUGAAGACAAUAUUGACGUUGAUGUUACAAAUGAAUUUUUCAUCGACAUGGUCUUCAAAUCGCAUCAACCCUUAAUUGAUUGGGUUCAAGACAGUGGACGUAGUUUGAGAUUUAUCAUCGUCAUUAAAAGGUCAGAGAUUGGUGGAUUUGGAAAGAGACCCACAUUAUUGAAAGGAGUGAAAUUAAAAAUAGAUGAUGAUUGGAUGUUAAGGGUGCAAUGUGGAAAGCAUAACCAUGCCGCGACAUUAUAUAUGGAGGGAGACCCAUACGCCGGUCAGCUAUCUGCUAUUGAAAAUGAGAUACUAGUAGAUAUGUCAAAGAAUUAUGUGAAGCCCCGAAAUAUCUUGAAUUCGUUGAAGAACCGUGAUCCUGACAAUGCAUCCACAAUUGAUACUAUAUACAAUGCACGCAAAAAGAUUCGGGCAGCCGAGAAAGCUGAUAGAUCCGAAAUGCAGGUUCUCAUGAGCUUCCUACAUGAGUCUGGGUACAUUUUCUAUCAUCGUACCAAUGCUUUAACUAAUGAGCUCGAAGAUUUAUUCUUUGCACAUCCAGGCUCAUUAGAAUUGUUGCGUGCAUUCCCGCAUGUGUUAUUGAUGGAUGCAACGUAUAAGACAAACGGAUUUAGGAUGCCUCUUCUCAAGAUUGUCGGUGUGGCUUCUACAAAUCUGACAUAUUGCAUGGCGUUCGUGUACUUUAGCGGAGAAAAAGAGGACAACUACACAUGGGCUUUAAGGUGUUUGUAG